GGGAAAUUUCUCAUCCUGUUCCUCGUCGACGUCCUCGCUGGAGGACAUCGAGAGGAGCAACAACUCCGAAUCUAUUACCACAACUUCUGCGACUACACCGAGUGCUGCUGACGAAUUAUACAAGAAAAAUGAGGAUGAACAAAUCGCCGAACUCUACCAGGACCUGCAGCAAGAUCCAGAACUACGCACUCUGAGCGAUCGCGUCCCGCAACUAAUUCACGUUGGUAACAAGGAUGAGCAACAAAACCUUCUUCUCGAUACAACACUGGCUUCUUGUCCGCAGGAGGAGGAGCUGAAGACCUCCGCUACAUCAAGUCAGGCACCGAUGAGCGAACAGAGCACCGACAGUGAUGCGCAGGCGACAAACGUGGACGAAGGAACCAGCGACAGCGAUGCUUACUCUGACGGUAUGCGGCUUCGAAGUGAGGCGGCCCGCGCUCGUCAUUUGAAAGCCGUGCGAGCUUCUGUAUUCGCCGUUGAAAGUGAAAGUGAAGCGUCUUCAAUAUUAAGGCUAGAAGUACCAGUAGCAGUAGACUAAGAAAAAGCGAAAGCACCGAUAAGUAGUAAUGUACUUUCUUCCUCACAAGUAAAGGGUACACGUACGGGAAAUGGUCCACCACGCAGCAGAGAUCUACUUCAUAUGUACUAGAUCAUAAAGCAGCUUCUGCUGAUGUUACAAAGAAUAUCGAUAUUCGGGAAGCAAGAGGACUUUCACUCGGUAGCUCUAACAAUUUCUCAAGCGUCCCCUUCGCCAGCAACGCCAGAAACGGAACCAUCUAGCCGUAUGCAGGAACAGUAUGGGUCCAGUAUGUCGUCGCCUUUGGAGUCUCCUGGCUCGGUAACAGAAGCCUCUGACUACACCACGGACACAGAGGUAAGCUCUACACCGAGUCACUUCGGAUUUCCUGCGAGUGCGUCGACUAGUUGCACUAGAGGCAGCAGCAAGAGCAGCAGCAGCG